CGACACGCACAAAUUUGGUGCCGCCCUCCCCACCCCGUUUGCGUUGGGAGAAAAAGAAACUUCGGUUGCCUUUCUCUUCCCUUCCCUUCCCGUUGGAAAGUCAAAAUACCAAACAAACAGUAAUAAAGACGAGCCUGCUCCGAUGAAUUCCAAUACGCCGUCGUCCAGCGCUGGGCGUGCUGGAUCUGCUGAUUCUGCUGCUCCUAGAAGGAACUCCAAGCGUCCCAAGUAUUCUAAGUUUACCCAACAGGAGCUUCCAGCUUGCAAGCCAAUUCUAACGCCACGAUGGGUCAUAUCAGCCUUUAUGCUUGUUAGCAUUGUCUUCAUUCCUAUUGGAGUGGUUUCCCUCUUUGCCUCUCGAGAUGUCGUUGAAAUUAUUGAUCGUUAUGAAAAUGUUUGUGUACCAGAAAGUUUCAGAAAUGAUAAGGUCACAUACAUACAAAGUGAUGUUGACAAAAUAUGCAACAGAACAUUGAGAGUUAAGAAGCUCAUGAAGCAGCCUAUCUAUGUGUACUACCAGCUUGACAACUUUUACCAGAAUCAUCGGAGGUAUGUGAAGAGCCGAAGUGAUUCACAGCUGAAAAAUAAUAACAGUCAGGAUGAUGUUGAUUCUUGUAAGCCUGAAGAUAAUACUGCUGAUGGGAAGCCGAUUGUUCCCUGUGGUCUUAUAGCUUGGAGUUUAUUUAACGAUACCUUCAAUUUCUCCCUCAACAACCAGCAAUUGGCAGUGAACAAGAAGGGCAUCUCAUGGAAGAGUGAUAGGGACAGUAAGUUUGGGAAAAAUGUGUUUCCUAAGAAUUUUCAGAACGGAAGUUUUAUAGGUGGCAAACAUCUUAAUUCAUCUGUCCCUUUGAGUGAGCAGGAAGAUCUUAUUGUUUGGAUGCGAACUGCUGCUCUGCCAACUUUUAGGAAGUUGUAUGGGAAGAUAGAACGGGAUCUCCAACCGAAUGAACUCAUACAGGUUACGUUGGAGAACAAUUACAACACAUAUAGUUUUAAUGGCAAGAAGAAACUUGUUCUUUCGACUACUAGCUGGCUUGGUGGAAAAAACGACUUUCUUGGCAUUGCUUAUCUCACUGUUGGUGGGCUGUGCUUCUUUUUGGCUUUGUCUUUCACUGUUGUGUAUCUGGUCAAGCCAAGGCGACUUGGAGACCCAUCUUAUUUGUCAUGGAACAGAAAUCCUGGAGGGCACUAAGCAAGACUGGAAACCUCAUCAGAAUGGUUGAUGUAAUUUUGUGUUAAUAUUAUAAAUGGCUAAUAUAUAAUUUGGGAUUGGCAAAUAUUAUAGUACCAUGUAAUUUGAAUUGUGAAACAGCUUGGCAUCAGUAAAUUCUAUGUAUAAUUUCAGCAACAGCUCAAUACAAGUACAAGAAUUUUCAUCA